AUGAGCGGCAGGAUGAUGAAAUACUUGCUAGGUGGUACGUCCACCCCCACGGCUGGUGACGGCCUGGGUCUCGUGGUGCCAGCUCGACCGAUGCCCUCUCCAAAGGCGACUUCGCCAAGUAGCCUCGGGACUGGGGCCUCCUCAGACUAUUUUUCUCGAACCAGGUCGAAAUCCAAUGUUUCUGCGAGAUCGAACACAUCGGCAACGUCGCAGAACUUCUCCCCUCUUCCCUCUCCGCACCCGCAAGACCAAUAUUCAACAAUCGUACCAGACGUACAGCUUUUCGGAAGCUCGCAACAUGUCACUCGUAAGACUGAUGCUCGCAAGCCUUCACGGACGCAGAAUGGAGUCCGUGCACCGAGGUGCUCCUUAGCGAAUUUAGCUGGAGCCACGGCUUCUUCUCCGAGGCCUAGCAUGGACUCUAUUCAAACUGCUGCAAGCACAGCAGAGCACUCAUCCAAAUCAGAAACACCAAAUUUCAUGGGGGAAACAGCUUGGGAGGACUAUGAGAUACCGCAGGAGCUGGAGUUCGUGAGAGGAGAUACACCAAGGGAGAUUCGAGACAUCAUUCAAGAAUCUUUGGACGAACACCGUGCGAUGAGGGCGUCCAGGCUGCAAAGGCAAGCUAUCGUGGUAAGGACUACCAUCGAAUCAUCAAGAACACCACGUAAAAGAGACCGACCCGAAGUCCCAGAAUGUUCAUCAAUCAUAUCGGCUCGAUCCACACCCGACAGCGACUAUGUUACCAACCGUUCCGCCAGCAGCCUGAGUACUUCACAUGAUUCUGCAACAAGCCUAGAGUCAGAGGCCGAGGAUCCUGGCUUUCUGCGACCCCCAAAGGUACCCAGCCGAUCUCGGGCUAAUUCUUCUCAAGAAAGCUUGAGGACGAAGCUGAACCCACAUAUCAGUCCUAGCAUGGCGGCUUUAGAGAAAAGACUUCAAGAAAGUCAAGAAAGGACGAACAAGAGUCACAAACUAUUCAAGCUUCUACCGGGCCGGAAAAGGAAGAGCGAACUUUCAUUGGAGCCCCAGAUGCCAGAGCCAACUUCCUAUGAAUGCACAAGCUGCUUCGAUGAGGUGCCCGAUACCAAAGCCGUGGACGUGCCUUGUCACCAUAAGUACUGUCCGUCAUGUUUUUCGCAACUGAUCAUCACCGCCACAAGCAACGAGGCUACCUUUCCACCCAAGUGCUGCCUGCAGGAGAUCCCCAAAAAGACCAUGCGGGAGCGUCUCCCUCCCAAAGCCCUGGCUCAGUUUGAUGAAAAAGCUUUGGAAUAUGCGGUUGCGAUUGGCAAUCGCUAUUACUGUGUAUCUCCGAAAUGCGCGAAAUGGAUUGACACUCGGAUUGCCAGGCGAAUGAAUGGGAUAUUGGAGUGCCCUCAUUGUGCGCUCAAGCUGUGCACAACCUGCCGUGGGCCUCAACAUCCUUCUAAUGAGGAUUGCCCACAAGACUACGGUCUUGGUCCGACUUUGGAUCAAGCGGAAAGGGCUGGAUGGCGGAGGUGCUACCGUUGUAGGGCCCUGGUGGAGCUAACGUCAGGUUGUCGGCACAUUACCUGCAAGUGCCGUGCCGAGUUCUGCUAUACUUGCGGUGCCAGAUGGAGAACUUGUGCUUGUACAGAGGCCGAUCAAGCACGGCGAGAAGGGGAAAUAGCUGCGAGACUCGCACGGUUUGAGGCCGAUCAACGAGCUGAAGAGGAAGAGAUAAGAGCAGCAAUUGCUGCAGUAGAAGAGGCAGAGCGCCAGCUGCGAAAGGAACGGGAAGCGGAAGAAGCAUGUCUAGAAGCCGAAGCACGGGAAAUGACUAAACGAGAAUUUGAGCGCUUACAAGACAUCAACGAUCAUUUCGAGUAUCUGCGCGGAGUGCUGGACAGGAUUCGCUUACAACAGCGGCAAGCUAUCGAGCGGCGCCACGAUCGGGAGUGGGGUGAGAUUGACAUGAUGAAGGAUAAGCUCGAAUCACCCGAUGCCGCUGUCGAGCGGGAACGCUGUGUGGCUUCAGAACGAGAGAAGAUCGCCACGAUGACUGAAGGCACCAUCAAGACUUUGCAACGCAGAUUCGCAACGGAAAUGAUGGAUACCAUCACCCGUCACCGCAAAGACCAGGACGAGCUGAUGGCUAUCUCCGUCGACAACCCGGACCAGGACGCGGACAUCAUGAAAGCCGACAUCCUGCAAGAGCUUAUGCCAGCCCAAGAGCUCGAGCGAUCAACCCUAAAGUCGCAACAGGCGCGCGAAAUUGCCAAAUGGAAGGCUCGCGGUGAACAAUCCCUCAGGGCCUUUGACUCCACGAUGGUCUGUCUAAAAUUACGCCUCGAAGAAGCGGAAAAAAUUAACGUCCGCGCAAAGGAGAUGAAACAGCGUGUUUUCGCGGACACUAAAUGGUUCGAGGCUGUUUUCUUGGAAAGAACGAUCAUGCUGAGUGAGGACGAGAGGAAGUUAAUCUUGAGUGGCAGUGAUGCCCCGGCGUGGUCGAAAACAGAGAGGGACUCGAGCGCUACGAUGAUUGGCGUCAAGAUUGAGGGAUGUAGCCCGAAGGUGGCGACGAUCAAGGCGUUUGGACCUGGCGCAGCGAGGCAGGAGGAAGUAGCAAGUGCGAACACCAGUAGGAUGAUGGUGCGGAAGAGGGAGGUUAUCAGAACCACGUGGCAUCCUCAAAUGGGAUGA